UACAAUGAGCUCAAACCACACUAAUCAAAAUGAGCUCAUCCACCUCUGCAGCCAAGCCUGAGAAGCUCCACAUAGCUUUGUUCCCAUGGCUUGCCUUCGGUCACAUAAUCCCAUUUCUUGAGGUUGCCAAGCACAUAGCUCGCAGAGGCCACAAGGUUUCCUUCAUUUCCACACCUAGAAACAUCCAACGCCUCCCGAAAAUCCCACAAAACCUAACCCCUCUGAUCACUCUAGUCCAAAUCCCACUCCCCCAAGUCGAAAACCUCCCCGAAAACGCAGAGGCCACCAUGGACGUUCCAAACGACGUCAUCCCAUACCUCAAAAUAGCUCAUGAUGGACUCGAACAAGGUAUCUCUGAAUUCCUCAAAACACACGCUCCCAAUUGGAUCAUUUAUGACUUUGCCCCAUACUGGUUGCCUCCAAUAGCUAUCAAGCUCGGCAUCAAACGAGCCUAUUUCAGUAUCUUCAAUGCGUCCACCUUAUGUUUCAUGGGAUCAACGUCACCGGAGGUAGUGUCCCGCUAUGCUCAGAGAACACGGCCUGAGCAUUUCACUGUCCCUCCCGAAUGGAUUCCCUUCCCGUCCAAAGUCGUUUUUAGGCCUUUCGAGGCCAAGAGUUUGAUAGGUGGUAGUAUGAUACAAAAUGACUCUGGCGUGACGGAUUGGUCUCGUGCGGAAUCAACUAUCCAGGGUUGUCAAGUCUUCUUCAUUCGAAGUUGUAGACAGAUCGAGGGAGAGUGGCUCGACUUACUUCCAGACCUUCACCAAAAACCUGUAGUACUUCCCACGGGAUUAUUGCCACCAUUGGUCCCAACAAGUGAUGAAGACCAACCGGACAACAAUUGGUCUAAAAUUGCUGAGUGGUUGGACAAACAAAAGAAAGGGAAAGUAGUUUAUGUUGCCUUUGGGAGUGAGAUUAAUUUAAGCCAAGAAGAGUUCAAUGAGUUAGCUCUUGGAUUAGAGCUAUGCGGGUUGCCUUUCUUUUGGGUGCUGAGGAAACCGAGUCAUGGGUCCGGCAAUGCUGACUCGGUUAAGCUACCAGAUGGGUUUGAGGACCGAACCAAAGAUCGUGGGCUUGUUUGGACCACUUGGGCUCCUCAGCCUAAAAUUUUGGCCCACGAGUCUGUCGGGGGUUUCUUGACUCAUUGUGGUUGGAGUUCCCUCAUUGAGGCACUCCAAUAUGGGCGUCCUCUAAUCAUGCUGCCAAUUAUGUAUGAUCAAGGACUAAUUGCUAGGUUUUGGGACAAGAGGAUCGGGAUUGAGGUAUCGAGAGACGAAGAGAGUGGAUGGUUUACAAGGGACGAGUUGGCGAAGUCAGUGAAUCUGGUUGUGGUGCAUGAGGAGGGGAAGCCAUUCAGGGAUGGAGCUAAAGAAUAUAGUGAGUUAUUUGGAGACAAGGAACUCCAUGAUAGAUACAUGGACGAAUGUGUGCAGUAUAUGGAAAGGCAUGUGCAGGAUGUUUAAUUGUAUGGUAUUGGUCUUGAACUCUUGAUUGGAUGAACCUCUACGGCUCUUGUUUUUUUUUU